AUGUCGUCACCUGUGGUCAAUGUGGCACGCUACACAGCCUUAAUCGGAGGUAUUGGAUAUGGUAUCGUUCAUCGUCGUACACUACAGAAGCGUGAAGAUACUCGGGCUGAACAAGCAGCAAAGAGACAUGAAGAAAAGAUUCAAGCGGACAAAAAGAGAGAACAAGAACAAAGUAUCUUGGCAGCUGUUCGAUCAGGAGGUAAUGGUGUUGUGAGCGAUCCCGAUUCACCUCAAUUCGACCUAGAGAAAUACCUUAAAUCUCUAGAAAAAUGA